AUGAGGGGCAAAGAGAGCAGAGCGGGUCAGAGGAACAUCCUAGUCAAAGUCAAGAAAAAGAAAUGUACCAAGGUUAGCCGUGAGCUGUUGCACGAGAGCAUCAACGCCCUCCUGGACGAGUCGGCCCGCCGCCACCGCAAGUUCACAGAGACGGUCGAGAUGCAGAUUGCCCUCAAGAACAUCAACCCUCACAAGGACAAGCCCGCCUCUGGCACAUUCAGAGUGAGGCACUGCAUGAAGCCAAACUUCAGGGUUUGUGUGAUCGGCGACCCGCAACACUGCGACGAAGCCAAAGCGAAGAAGGUCGACUGCAUCGACAUGGAGACCAUACGCCUGAUGAGGAAGAAGUCCAGCAUCGCCAAGAAGAUAAUCAAGAAGUUCGAUGGCUUCCUGGCGUCGACCAGCAUCAUCAAGGACGUAACCAACCUGGUGGGUCCCAUGAUGAAGAGGAUGGGCAAGCUGCCGCUGCCACUCGCGCACGACGACGACAUGUACGAGAAGAUCCACGAGGCCAAGACCACCAUGACCUUCAAUAUGAGGAGGGUGCUGUGGCUCGCCGUGUGCGUCGGCCACGUCAAAAUGACGACCGAGAUGCUCUCCGACAACGUCAACGAAGCCAUCAGGUCGCUCUUGACGCUGCUCAAGAAGAACUGGCAGAACAUCAGGUCCAUCCACCUCAAGUCCACCAUGGGACGACCUCAGAGAAUCUACUAA